GUCACCACUUAGCUAGACAUCAGUACCACCUCUCCAGCUCGUCACCAUUUAGCUAGGCAUCAGAGCCACCUCUCCAGCUCGUCACCAUUCAGCUAGACAUCAAAGCCACUUCUCCAGCUCGUCACCACUCAGCUAGACAUCAGAUCCACCUCUCCAGUUUGUCACGACUCAGUUAGGCAUCAGAGCCACGUCUCCAACUCGUCACCAUUCAGCUAGGCAUCAGAGCCACCUCUCCAGCUCAUCACCAUUCAGCUAGGCAUCGAAGCCACCUUCUAGGUAAGAACCAUUCAGCUAAGCAUCCAAGCCAUAUUCCAGAUAGGGAUUAUUCAGCCAGACAUCCGAAUCACCUGCCAGCCAGGAGCUGUAGAAAUGCGCAUCAUCAACAUCGUUGUUUUUUACCUGAUAUGGUUAUGACCAUCAUAGUUCAUACCAUCCUUAUCCUUAUCACCGUUUCCCAUCCCUCCUUGUUUUGGUUAGAGGUGGGCCUACCAUUUAAAGGUAAAACCAUAAAAGACAAUGAACGAUGUCUUCAUUAGUCCAAAAUCUCAAACACCUCAUCUAAUUCAGUCUCAACAAUAUAUUCUUUGAAGGUAUAAGACAAUGAACAAUGUCUUCUUUUGAAGGAUAAUUUUGACAUUUUCAAAAAAAAAAUUAAGUUGCACAUGUCAUCAAAUGAUAAAAUAAUUGACAGACCGCUAACUAUAAGGACUAAAUUGAUAGUCUUUGACAAUUUAAGUACUACAAUGACAUAAUUUAAAGUUUGGGUACUAACUUGACACUACGCAUGAUACUAAUCUGAAAUUUUCCCUAAAAUAAAAGUUCUGUUCGGUCCAAUAUUCAAAAUUUGACAAACUCUAAGAAAAGGUGCACAUACAUCAUAAAGCCCAAAUAACUCAAUUCAUAAGGAGAAUACAUAUCUUACCCAUCUAAACACCAAAGUGAAUGGGUUCUCUGCUACCAAACCAGGCCCACGGGCUGCCACAUUCAUCUUUGGGCCUCUAAAGAAAAGGAUCUAUUAUGCAUUUGUAAUUUGCGGAAAUAUGGAUGAGUAGUUAUGUCAUUUCAAAAUGCUCGAUGGAGUCGCUGCUCCAAAUUCCGAGUUUCCAACCCAUCCCCGCUCGCCACGCUCGCCACGCGCUCCUUGGCCCUUGCCUGCAAAGUGCGAGCCCAUUACAUUGUUGUUCAGUUUUUGGCGCAAAAGGGUCGAAAUUUUUAUGUAAAAUUCAACUCAAAUUUCAUUCAAAAUCAUCUAUCCUCCCUCCAAUUCUCUCUCUCUCUCUCUUUAUAUCAAAUCCGUCCCCAUCUCUCUCUCUUUCUCUCACGACAUUUCCAUGGAGGAUUUUACAGCUCCAUCGUUUUCUCUUGGCCUGGAUUUGGACUUCGAUUCAGAACCCCAAACAGCUCCAAUAGAAGCAUCGCCUUCUCAAGAGGUCCCGGAAACAUCAAAUAAUGCAAGCUUUGAGACCUUCCAAGACGAUGGAGAUUUCCAACUUCCAGCUUUGGAUCCAGGUCUACAAUCUGAAGAUCCUCCUCCGAGGCUCAAGCGGCUUAAGCGGGGACCUGCGACUCAGUUGUCUCGUGUCUUCGAUAAACAACCUGCGCCUCCCUAUUUGGGUUUUGAUGAUGACAUUGAGGAGUUCUCAUCCCAAGAGGACCCACGAGAAGUUAAGCAUUCAGCAAGACAAAAUCGUUCUGCAUGUAGCAGUUCAAAGUUUCCAUUGCAUGGUCAUAGAGCCCUUAUGACACAGUCAACAAGCAAGGCAAAGGUACAUAUAAGCGCACCAGUGUCCAAUGCCUCAACUUCUGCGAAUUUGGAUGCAAGCAGCAGCAAGCUGAUGUUUCCAAAUUUAACCAUCAGUCCCCUUAAGAGAUUCCAAUUGCUUGAUUCUGAUUCAGAGGAUCCUUCUUCCAGUGUAGAUGCAUGUGAAGAUGCUAUUAAGACUAAGACAUCUCCAAUAGAGAGACAGUACAAGCCUACCCAAGUUGCAACUUGGAAUCAACAGAAGGGAGUAGAAACUUCAAAAGUUACAGUCCAAGAUGAGGAUUUAUGGGAAGGUUUUUGUCCACAAAAGAAUAUAAGUAUUUCUACACCUGGUCUGGAUGAAUAUUGUGACGAAUACUUCCAGUCAUUGAAGAAUAACAAUUCUUGGCAGAGGAUGGAGAGUGAUAUAUGCCUAAGUUCCAAAAGCCACAUGAAAAGCAAUAGCAGCAAAGUAAAUGUCUUUCAGAGAAUGGAGGGAGAUGUAUGUGCUAACAGCUCCAGAACUGAUCAAAAGUGCAGCACCAGUGGAAAGGAUGAGUGCAUCAGGAACCUGGAAGAUUAUUUUCCUCCUGCUCGUGAUUAUCAAAAAAAAUUUCCUCCUGCUCAUCGGUAUUUUUAUCAUGGUGACCCAAGGAUUAGGAGAUUAGUCCGCAACCGCUUAUGUAACUUUUUCCCUCUUGGUGCUUUGAAUCACAGAGAAAGGAUGCAACCUGAUGCAGCAGUAAUUGAUUACAUGAGUCAAUUUGGCCAUAAAGAAGGCCAUCAAUUACAAGAAACUGGAAAGACAAGCCUUGGAGGUAGCAAAAAAAAGGGCAGACAGAACUCAAAACCUUCAAAGGCUGAAGAGAUCUCACAAGCUUCUGGAAGCUGGGUCAACCCUAGAAGCAAUGCUAACAAUCCAAGAGAUGCUGGAAAAAGACGAGUUCAUGCAAAUGGUUGCUCUAGUGGUUACUGGUUUACAGGACAAGAUGGAAGAAAGGUUUAUGUGACUACAAAUGGACAAGAGUUGACAGGUGCAACUGCUUAUAGGCAUUAUAGAAAGGAGAGUGGGAAGGGGUUUAAGAAGGCUAGGAAGAAAGUUACUGCCAAGAAGUCAAAACGAUAGGAUUUACCAUUGCCUUGUAUUGCUUUGCCAUUCUCAUGCCUCAUGUUUUCAAUUAUACAACUUCGUCGAGAUUACUCAGCACAGAAGAAACUGGAAGAGUAGUUUUUCACAUUCACUGAUUACAGAUGGUGUACCCUGCUGACCUGCUCUAAUGUCCCUGGACUGAACUUCACUUAUGUGCUUAGCUUAGAACCACAAUGGAAGUUGGGAGCCAUAUGGUACUCUACGGAUUGUGAAGAGAUUGCGAUGGCCCAUCCUAUUCCCACUUUGAACCUAAAAACAUGAAGCCAAUAAAACGUGGUAUACUUGUAAUAUUGGUCUUUCUGUACUUCUAUUUUCGAACCCAAAUUUCAUCAAAUAAGCAACAAGUUCGGGUUGAAUAUAUCUUGCUGUUUCUUUUCC